AUGGACAAUUCCAGAAUGAACUCUUUUUUGGAGUACACGAUUUGUAACAGGGGGACCAACAGCUAUUCGUCCAAGUCUGGAUACCAUCACUUGGAUCAGGCUUUCUCGGGCCCCUACCAGUCCGCUCAAGCAAGUGACAGCUAUAACGCUGAUGGACGACUUUACGUAGGGGGAAGUGCGUCGCCGGCCAUGGCACAACAUCAGCACCACGGCGGAGGCUACGCGCAUCACCAGCACCAAACUCCACAGAAUGGCAUGGGCCUGUCUUUCGGUGGUACCGGAACCACAGGCUAUGGAGCACAGGCCUCUGCCAACCAGGACUACGGCCAUCAUCAGUACGUCAUGAACCAUGACCAGGAUGGGAUGUAUUAUCAGUCUACAGGCUUUAUUGCUCCAAACGUGGGGCCUAAUUAUGGGUCCCUGGCCGGUGCGUACUGCGGGACGCAGGGUGCAGUUCCGGCGGCGCCAUAUCAAUAUCAUGGCCUCGAGGGCCAAGACCACCAGCGACUCUAUAGCCAGAGCACAUACGCCGACCUCUCAUCCUGCCAGGAAAAGGAGAGGGACUCGGAUCAAAUACCAGGGAAGACCUUCGACUGGAUGAAAGUCAAAAGGAACCCUCCUAAAACUGCAAAAGUGGCCGAGUUUGGACUGGGUCCCCAAAACACAAUCCGUACGAACUUCACCACGAAGCAGCUCACUGAGCUCGAGAAGGAGUUUCACUUCAGCAAAUACCUGACGCGCGCGCGGCGCGUUGAAAUCGCCGCCACACUUGAGCUGAAUGAAACCCAGGUGAAGAUUUGGUUCCAGAACCGGCGAAUGAAGCAGAAGAAGCGCGAAAAGGAGGGCCUCGCCCCAGCUUCGUCCACCGCGUCUAAAGACUUCGAAGAGAACUCGGACCAUUCCACAUCCACAUCUCCAGGCGCGUCCCCAAGUCCUGAGGCAUGA